AGCUCACGGCUAUCCUCGCUGUUCGUCGAUACCCCUUUAAAAGCCUCUCCAUGUUGUCUUCACAUGUGAUCGGACACUGAACUGGGAUGCUGCAGUUAUGUAAAAUGCACUGUAAAAGAAUGUGUUAGACGUAGUGCCGACAACAUUUCUGUGGUUUUUAGUAGUUUUGGAGAUUGACUUGGGACUGGUUUACUUUCCACCGGAGUGACGGAGCUUCAGCCGUGUUACGUACAGUUGUUUGCUACAGUGGCUGGUGCGCAACUGAAAACUGCUUGCUGUGGCAUAGCUCGCUAACUAACGGUUAAAACGACGUGUAUCAGUCAACACUUCCACCAUCCAAUCAACUGAACAGUACCAACUCACUGAGUGGAGAUAGAUCUGACAGUGAAGUGGAUGCGAACAGUUUGAGGAAGCAGUUUGUUUGAGCUGCUUGGAAAUAGUUAAUUCGUAUCUUAUUUGGUCUAUAUUUUAUGGGUUCAUAGAACUGUGAGUUGAGAGAAAGCAAUAGUAAUUCGGCGACAUUGACUUUCUGGGAAACCUGACGCGAGGCAAGCUGUGAGAGCAGCCAGAGCUGCCUAGCUUGCUAGCUUGACACAUUCUUACCUCAAGACACAUCGGACAAGUCUACCAAUUCAACGGAAUUUGCCUGCUAUGUGCACCUUUGGGAAAGGUGCCCUAGUACGGUCAUUCUAGCUGUGGCUAAGCUUGCCAAUUAAGCGAAGAGUGCCAGAGACCUACGCGGGCCCUGUGGGGAAGCAUGUGAUGACCCACGCCAGGCAGAAGGGUUCCCUCAGCCAGUGUCGUAGCACAGGGAAGUGGGACAACUGCCCCCAUUGGCCACAUGGUGAGAUCAUGGGCGGAGCCUGGCCUGAGCGCACGCUCCGAUUCGGCAGGACCAAGAAGAGAGGUGAGACCAAGCAAGGAAGAGGCGGGGCCAAGGAGAGAAGUGAGACCAAGCAAGGAAGAGGCGGGGCCAAGGAGAGAAGUGAGACCAAGCAAGGAAGAGGCGGGGCCAAGGAGAUGACUGACAGGAGGCAGACAGCUCCAGAGCAGAAGCGAAAGCCGGGAAAGAGGCGGGACAGGAAACGGGACAGGAAGUUGUAUCCACUGCGGGGCAGGGGAGGAGGCUCAGAGGGGGAAGGGCUUAGUUGUCAUGUGCUCCUUACCCGAUUGGAGGAAGACAUCCAGGAGAGCGCGGAAGAGAGGGAAGCCAACAGCGAAGUCAUGCCCUCACCUGGGAAACGCAAACCCAGCAAAGAGAAGGGCAAGGGCAAAGGCAAAGCCAGUGGACAAAGCCUGAAAAAGACAAAACCAAAAACCAAAUCCAAGUCAAGCCCCGAGCCCGGUCCCUUUGUCCCAGAGCCCCGCAAGCGUCGCCUGGCCUCUCUCAACGCCGAGGCGGUCAACAGUCUGCUACUGGAGAGACCCAGUGACCCCCAGCCAGCAGCGAAACAGGCCAGGAGACAACAGGACGAGCCCCCCAAGGCAGAGGGUUCCUUGGAUCCAGAUCCAGCCAGGAGUGGGGGGGCUGGAGCCCCUAAAGCUCAACGAGGUGGCAGCGCUAAGUCCUCCACUACGCACAAAGCUCAGCCGUGCCAAAGCUCCAAGCAAGCCAAGAGGGUCAAGGCAGACAAAGAGGAGGAGGGAGGAGGAGUCAGUCUGGAGAGCCUGCAUGCUCCCACCCCAAGACGCCUGGCUGGUCUCAACGCUGCAGCCCUGCUCAAGCUAACCAGCUCGUCCGCGAGCAGCAAGCAGAGAGUCAAGCCCACGCCAGCAGCAGACUGCAAGGCCUCAUCCGCGGCCGCCUCUCACAAGCAGCCGGCCAGGCUGAAGCUCAAACCCAAGGGCCGUCAACACAAGCACAGGGGCAGGACCUCCGCCCCUCGUCUCCAGGGCUGCGCAGCCUGCAAGAAGACUGGCUUCGAGCCCAAAGUGGAAUGGGAGUCCAGCGGCUGCACCCACCGUCUCACCAAACCGGGCUACCAGUCGCGCAGCAUGCUAGCCUACCCACUGAAGCCUGUGAAGGAGGAGCAGGUGGAGGCGGAGCUGAGCCCGUACUACUGCUGCCGGCCGGAGGGCUCCGUGGAGUACUGCCACCGCCUGGCGCUCUUUCUGGGCCAGCAGGCCUACGCAGACCCGGACGAGCCGCCUCUCAACCCCGCCAUGACUUCCGUGAAGCGCGAGUGCCUGGUGACGUCCCCUUCCCUGGCCCACCCCCACGCGGCCCUCACCCUCAGCCCCCACCCCUGCCUCUGCACGGCCGACCCCUGCUUCUCCAGCUACUACGUCCACAUCGCCCACCCGACACACACUGGAGCUCCGUCAGGAACCCUGGCCUCACGCCCUCUGAGCUUUUCCCCCUCCACACUGUGCCCCAACCGGGUGUCUGGCUCCAAGCUGCGGGGCCCUCCUGUGUCCCACGCCUCAGGUCUGGCCCACCCGGCCUUCUGUGGGUCUGUGGGCUCGCCGUGCUACAGCGAGGCCUGCAGGGUUAGCGGCUACGCGUACAGAGCCAUGCAGCCCGUCGCCAGCAGGGGGUGCUCUUUCAGCACGGGUUGUACCGGCUGCACUCACGGCAUCAAGACAGAAGGUUACUCCUCCCCCCAGGGCGAGCACAGCCCCUCCCUGCUGGUUCCCCCCUCCGUCCCCCUCUCCAGCUGCCCCCUCCCCAGCACCCCCUCCUCCACCCAGGCCAAACCCCGUCUCCUCACCCCCAUGUCGGACCGUGGCCAGCCCCCCGCCAGGCUAAAGCUGGCCAGGGAGUGUCCACAGAGCAGCAAGCCCCCCAACGGCUCCUUGUCCCUGGGCCGCACCCGGCUGUCCCAGAGGCAGCCGGCCCCCACGCCCAGCCCCAGCCUCAGCCCCGCCAAACAGAAGAGGGUGAGUCGCCGGCGAGCCACCAAUGGCUGGCUGCCCGUAGGAGUGCCCACAGAAAAGGAAGUCUUCAUUGCGGGAGAGGAUGAGACAGCCUUGCGUCAGUGUUAUGAAGGAGUGGAGAGAGACGGCGAAGUGAUACGCAUCAGAGACACUGUGCUGCUGCGCUCCGGUCCCAGAAAGAAGUCCCUGCCCUAUGUGGCCAAGAUAUCAGCGCUCUGGGAGGACCCCAAAACAGGAGAGCUGAUGAUGAGCCUGUUCUGGUACUAUCGACCUGAACACACACAGGGGGGCCGGGAUCCCAGCAUGCACUGUGAGAACGAGAUCUUCGCCUCCAGGCAUCAGGAUGAAAACAGCGUGGCCUGCAUCGAGGACCGCUGCUAUGUCCUCCCUCUAGCACAGUACUGUAGAUUUUGUGCCUUGGUGAAGUGUCGUUCUGAGGGCGCCGCGCCCGGCAGCGCCCGCGUGGUGCCCUGCCCCUCGGACUGCGCCCCCCCCGCCCACCGCCGUGUGCCCUCCGACAUCGACCCAGAGCUGGUGUACCUCUGCCGCCACGUCUACGACUUCCGCUACGGACGCAUUCUCAAGAACCUGCAGUGAGGGUGGUGCGAGAGGUCCCGAAACACGCACGCACACACACACAGCUCCGCUCCUAGCCGAUGAAGGAUCGACGACUUCUGGAGUGUCUUUUUAAUUGGGGAUCUAUUAAGUCUUGCGGGUGGAGUGGGGUAAACAUACCGAUUUUUGGAAAGGGACCCAUUUUGAAGUAUACGGGGGAAGGCUGAAGCAAUGAGAUGAGCUCUGGAAGUUUUGGAGGAGGAUACCAAGAGGAAUCCUUCUGAGCUGGGUCAACUGUCUCAGACAGAGGAGAGAGGAGGGGAACGGUGCAGUUUUCAUCCACUGACCCAGACGAGCCUGGAAUGGACGCCACCACAGAACUUAGUUACGGGUGGUGUUGUUUGGCACGUGUUCUGCAGACACGGGCCCGGGCUCAGUGUUCUGAGGCAUUGUCAGAGGAACCAGCGAGAGUAGCCGUGGUUACAGAGAGGACCCAUGCGAGUUCUCUUCGUUUGUUUUUCGUAA